UGGAAGAGACACAAGAGGGAGGAGAAAUGGACACCCUGUGAAUGGGGGUGUGGACAGGGGAUCUUGGAGAGGAAAUUCCCUUCACCUUCCCAGUUCCUUUUUGUGCCCUUUAGCCCCACAUAACUCUUGGGGGGUUGUGGCAGUCAGAAGGCAGUUUACUGCCCUCCUUUCCCCAGCAGAAUUGGCUUCCUAGGAAUGCCCUCAGAUACCUCUGUUUCUGUGUAGGCACAGGACCUCUUGUUUCUCAGUGGCCUUCGGCGCUGUGUUCGACCCUUACUGACAUACAGAUGGCUCGUGGGGGGCCGUGUUUUCUACACUGAGUGGGUGUGCCUUUGACAUGUUUAAUGGCUUCUGUGCCGGCAGUGUGCCCAGUGCUGUCCACAGGCUGUGGAGAAACGAUGUGUUAUUUUCCAUCAGAACUGCCUGCUCUCGUAUCAUGUCCAUGUCUCAUAUGCAGUCUUGACAUGUUCACGUCUGCGUGUUCUCAUCUGUUGCCUCUGUUGUGUGGUUUUGUGUCUCUUGCCCAUGUUAUGUAUUCGCACGUUUACUUUAGCAUGUAGAGACCAUACGUUACUUUGUUGAGGCCCACAGGGGCUGUGUUUAGUCCCGCCAUAUGCAGACGCCUUCGUGUGUGGGAUCUCAUGGCUUAACCGACUCGCACACACGCGGCUGUGAUCAGAUUGGCCUGUUGACUACCUGUGUUUUCGUAGUCCCCGGUUCACACCACCCAUGUGCAUGCCCUUUCCAUGAUGUGCUGAUGUGACGUGUCCACAACUCACGUGCUUCUGGUUAGACAUGUAUUUCAUAAUUUGGGGAGCAGUAUAUUUUGUGAGCAAUAUGCUCAUUAACUCCCUUGGCACUCCAUUGUGCUUACGAAUCCUCGGACAUUUCCUGUUCUGCAGAGGAAAGGAACAUCACGUAUCAGAGAAGAAGAUAACUGGGCCUCCAUGUUGCUGAAGAGCCACCCCCAUAUACCUUCCCUUGCUGACCCCCAUCUCUUCAUGCACAUUAUCUCUGGCACCUGUGCACAGUCUGUGUCCAUGGAGCUCAGUGCACAGCACAGGGUCAGCCCUGCCAAGCACAUGAACUGUCCCUCGCUCUUGGCACUGUUGGCACGCAUUUGAUGACACCAGCAUCUUUCCCUUGUGGCAUGUUAAUCCCCAUUCUGUAUGUUUCUCUAUGUAUGUGCAAGAUGAUGUGUUCCAUCUUGUCUCGAUUGUUGUUCUGCCGUCACCAUGACCCUGUCUUGUGUGUGUGCAUCCAGAGUAGGUUACUGUUAGGCCUGUGUGUUCAUUGCCUUCUUGGUGCCUUUUCUUUUCCUAGUUAAUAGUCCUCAAGAGGGUAGCUAUCUGAUUCAUGUUCAGAAGUGUUGUCCCGUUAAUUACAACUAGGUGGGUAUGUAUACAUCCUUAUAAUCUGUCCAGCAAAUGUUUAUUGAGCAUCUUCUCUGCUUCAUUCUGUCCUGGGCAUUGGGAGUAAGACAGUUCCUGCCAUCAGGCUGCCUGCAGGCUAGGAAGGGAAAUAUAGGUGACCUCAAGCAACUACAUGCUGUUUAGUGUUGAAGUGAGUGGUCCUCAGACUUACAUGCACAUCAGAUUCACCUAGAUGGCUUGUUAAAACACUGAUUGAUGGACCCCGUGCCCAAGGUCCUGUUUCAGAAGAUCUGGGGUGAGGGCCAAGGAUUUCUACACUUUGAGAACCAGUGAUCAAGAUAAAGUGUAAUGAAAAGACGAGCCUGGAGGAGUUCAGGAAGAGCUCCAAAAAGUGACACCAAACUGGAUGAGGCAAGUGAAGAGAUGGAGGAACAUCCCCACCAAAGGGAACAGCCUGUCAUGGCCUAGAAGCAUGAAAGAUCAUGGUGUGUCUGGGGAACUGCAGUUUAUCGGUGUGCUGGAGUGAAAAAGACUCUUGUAGGGAUGUGGCCAAAGAUGUAAGCAGAAGUCAGCCUGUCCAGAAGGGCCUUUGGGCAAGAGAUAUGCUCAGAUUGGUGUCACGGAAACAUCCUGUGGUUGCUGUGUGGAAGAUGGAUCGAAAGGGAUGAGUUAGGAGCCUGUUGCACAUAGUCCAGGGGAGACAACGCUGGUUCCAGCUUGUGGGGAAAGUAGGAUGAAGCCACGCUGAGAGCCUGCUCUCCUAGCUGGCAGUCCUGUUUCCCCUAUCACCUGUCACCACCCUUGGCAGUGGACUUACCUUGGAGCACAGUCCUUCUGUCGUGGAAGGGAGUGCCUUUGGCCUUGAUGUGAGCGAUAGAUGUUUACCUGAACGCCGUUUUUGUGAAUUGUGACCCUGCCCCCAACAGUGGGUCGGAGUGGAGGAAGGAGGAAGAGCCUGGAGAACAGAUUCUGCAUGCCACGCUUCCUCCUCCUGAGCUCCUUCCUCUCCCGGGCAGGUGGUACGAUGACCCUUUUACUCUUUUGCCCUCCUCCUCCCACUUGGUGAGGCCUUGCACACUGCCUGCUGGACCGCUCUGCCUCCAGUGUCGCUGGAAGCAGGGGGAGGGCUGGUGGGAUUUGUUUGCCUGUCUGUGGAGGCAGGGUUAAUGGACAUAGGUGACCAGAAUGGAGCUGUGGCCAGGGGCGGGGACUCUGCUGCUGCUGCUCUUCCUGCUGCUGCUCCUCCUGCUGCCCACUCUGUGGUUCUGCAGCCCCAGUGCCAAGUACUUCUUCAAGAUGGCCUUCUACAACGGCUGGAUCCUCUUCCUGGCUGUGCUCGCCAUCCCUGUGUGUGCCGUGCGAGGACGCAACGUCGAGAACAUGAAGAUCUUGCGUCUGAUGCUACUCCACAUCAAAUACCUGUACGGGAUCCGAGUGGAGGUACGAGGGGCCCACCACUUCCCUCCUUCACAGCCCUACGUCGUCGUCUCCAACCACCAGAGCUCCCUCGACCUGCUUGGGAUGAUGGAGGUGCUGCCAGGCCGCUGUGUGCCCAUUGCCAAGCGGGAGCUGCUGUGGGCCGGCUCUGCGGGGCUGGCCUGCUGGCUGGCAGGAGUCAUCUUCAUUGACCGGAAGCGCACUGGGGAUGCCAUCAGUGUGAUGUCUGAGGUCGCCCAGACCCUGCUUACACAGGAUGUACGGGUCUGGGUUUUUCCCGAGGGCACAAGAAACCACAACGGCUCCAUGCUGCCCUUCAAACGUGGCGCCUUCCACCUCGCAGUGCAGGCCCAGGUUCCCAUUGUGCCCAUUGUCAUGUCCUCCUAUCAAGACUUCUACUGCAAGAAGGAGCGCCGCUUCACUUCGGGGCGAUGUCAGGUCCGGGUGCUGCCCCCAGUGCCCACAGAAGGGCUGAAGCCGGACGACGUCCCAGCUCUGGCUGACAGAGUCCGGCACUCCAUGCUCACCGUUUUCCGGGAAAUCUCCACUGAUGGCAGGGGUGGUGGUGACUAUCUGAAGAAGCCCGGAGGGGUGGGCGAGGCCCGGCUCUGAGCUCCCUUCUCAUCUCCCCCACUACCCACACCCCACCUUCUCCACACCUACCAGCCCACCAGCCUGAAGCCGGGCCGAGCUCCUCAUUUGCCCUCUCCCCACUUGUUCUCCUCUUUGGAAUCUUCGACUUUUGAAGUGAAUGUGGUCACAGCACCGCUCCCUGCCCCCGUCCCUGCCGCCCCCCCCACAGACUCGUUGCCUCGGUGCAGGCUCCACUCUGACCCCUGCCUCCUGCGCCAUCUUGUCUGUGGGACAGUUGCCUCUCCCUCAUCCUCAGUGGUUCAGCCUACACAAGGGUAGGAACACUCCAUUCUGUCCCCAGUGGACCCUCUUCCUUUGUGGUCUUCUCUCCCACUUCACCUCACGUUGGCCAGUGGACUCAUCCAUUCUGUGGAACAAUUCCUCACUCCCACGUCCACGGACACAGUGGACUCAUCCGUUGGUGAGGACACUCCUCACGCUGUGGCUGGAAGCUGAUGCGUGGAAUACUUCUCCCAGGCUCACCCUGGGAACAUUCCUCAGCACCUUCUCCCUUCUUUCCGUGGAGCCUCCUGUCAGUGGAGGCUGGACUCUUCUCACCCAGAGGUCUCAUCCCUGCCCUUGCCCAGGUGCCGGGGCUUGAGCACACUCUUGGAUGCCACAUUUCUGCUUCCACCCAUCCCCUGGGUACAGUUGUUCAGUGGUCCUGGCCCCCCAGCGCCCUGCAGCCCUCCUAUAUCAUCCUAGCCGGGCACAGGGGGAAGAAGCAGCUAACAGGUGCUGCACCCACUUCCCCCUGGGGAGCUGGGGAAAGGACCUGAACCCUGGCUGGAGGGGAUGGGGAGGGCUUUUAAUUUAUUUCUCUUUUCUUUUGAGGUUUUCCCUCUCUGAGCCAGUUUUCAUUUCCUCCCUAUGGCAGUAGCCACUCCCUGCCUGCCACCCCAGACCUGUGCCCCCAAAACCGGGGAGGUGGGCUGGGAGCAAAAGGAGAGGGUGGGACCCAGUUUUGCGUGGUUGAUUUUUAUUAAUUAUCUGGAUAACAGCAAGAAACCAAGAAUAAAGAUUGAGCAAGA